AUGUCGCGUUCUAGAGUUUUUAGUAAUGUAAAUUUGAACAAAAGUCAAGAUUAUUAUGAUUAUGAAAAUUUUACUAUUACCUGGAACUCACCAGAAAAGUAUGAAGUGAUACGCCAUUUGGGUAGAGGAAAAUACAGCGAAGUUUUUCAUGGUAUUGACGUUACUCAGGGUGUUGAUAGAGUAAUAAAGGUAUUGAAGCCCGUUAAAAAAAGGAAAGUAAACCGCGAAGUUAAAAUUCUACAGAAUUUGCGUGGAGGCAUUAAUAUUAUACAAUUAGUGGACUGUGUGUAUGAAAUGGAGACCAAAACUCAAGCGCUUAUAUUUGAAUAUGUGGAUAAUGCGAAAUUUGCUCUUCACUUUUCUCUUUUUGAAGAUCGGGAUAUUCGCUAUUACAUUUUCCAGUUGCUUAAAGCGCUUCAUUUCGCUCAUUCACGAGGCAUUAUGCAUCGGGACGUCAAACCGCACAACAUCGCCAUAGACCAUUCCAAAAAGAAGCUUCGUCUUAUUGACUGGGGUUUGGCUGAAUUUUAUCAUCCUUGUCAGGAGUAUAAUGUCCGGGUAGCAUCUCGACAUUAUAAAGCUCCAGAGCUAUUGGUGGAUUUUCAGUGCUACGACUAUUCAUUGGAUCUUUGGGGUGUUGGGUGUGUCCUUGCCAUGAUGGUCUUUAAAAAAAAUCCAUUUUUUUAUGGAACGGAUAAUUUUGAUCAACUUUUGAAAAUUGUUAAAGUUUUGGGAACCGAGGACUUGUAUGCUUAUCUAAACACAUAUAAACUUCAGUUACCAUCUAAACUAUCCAACGUAGUUCGGAGGUUUUUAAGUUUUUUUUUUAGUGAAUUUAAUUCUAUAUACGUUUAUUUUAACAGCUGCAAGAAAGUGUCCUGGAAAAGCUUUGUUAAUAACGAUAAUAAAAAGUACUCUAAUCCCCAAGUUUUCGAUUUACUUGACAGACUUUUACAGUACGAUCACGCGAAACGACUUACGGCCGCUGAAGCAAUGGACCAUGAAUACUUUUCUAUAUUAAGCGAAGAGGAAAAAGCAGCAGUGAACUAA